AUGAUGUCUUCUACAAGACAGCAACCACCAGAACGGGGUGAUUCCCCUUUAAUUUGUCUCGGCUCUGCAGAUGCCCCUCUCCCUCCAUUGCCACAUACACCCACAAGUUCUGUUGUUUGGGAUAAAAUAUUAUCGGAUAUGAAUGUAGAGUCAAGAGAGUUGCGCCGUGCGAUAGAAAAGAGGGCUCAAAGAAUUGCCGUUAUGGAGGAGGAACUACACAAAUUAGUAGACCAUAACGCUGGAGUAAUGCUUGCAAUAGAGCGAGUGGAUCGACAGAUUAAAGAAGUCUUAGAACGUGAAGAUCGUCUGCAUCAUUUGGCAGCAACCGCUAAAAAAAGAAAGGCAAAACUACAAUUAGACUUGGAAGAAGCUGAGAAGAAGUUGUUGUCACUUGCUGAAUAUGACUCUCCGGCAAAAAGUGCAUCGAUAUUAUUAGUUUCCCCCUCUUUGCGAGCUAUUGCGGAUAAAAAACAUCAACUAGAGACAGAUCGUAUUAACAAGGAGAAACACGAAGUGGCUGAAUUGCAACGGAAAUUAUACGAUGCUAAAUCAAGAUACCGAAAACUAUGUGCAGAAAAUAAGAAACUUUUAAAUGCUUUGUCCUCUAUGAAGGCGGAAGAAAGAGAAAUUAUUUCAAGACGAAAUGAAAAUAGUGUCCACAACAACAGUAGUAACAGUGAAAGUCGCAUUGAAUUUAGGGCUGCACUCCAGGAUCUUAUGGAAAGCCUUGAGGAGGUCAUACAUGCUGGUAAAAGGAGAUUCUAG